AUGGGCGUGUUUUCGCAGAUCUCCGCCAUCAUCUGGAAGGACGUGUACGUGCAGCUCAUCAAGCGGCACUACUUCAUCGCAUUGGCAGAAAUCUUCCUCGUGGUUCUCUCGUUCACGAGCGUCGAGAACGACCGGCCUAUCCUGAAACCUGCAAAGUGCCCCAAACUACCCUGCUUGCGCUUGACCGAGCCCACCACGUACGAGGAGCGCAACCUGAGUAGAUUCCGCGCACCGCAGCUGAUUGUCUACCAGCCUAACACAUCUCAUGCGCGAGAGCUCAUGGCGGCGGCGUUUCCCUCGGAGCCUCCAAAGGUCGUCGGCUAUCCGGACGAUUCAACCUUGCUACGCGUUUUCCAGCGUGUGACACCCGUGCCCAAGAGGGGUCCCGAGCAGCGCGUCGUGGCUAUUCAGCUGCUGUCGUUCGCCUCGAAGGAACGUACGCUAGCCAGCGGCUACCCUCGGGACCUAACGUUUAUCCAAAGCAUGUACGACGAUCAAAAGUACCUGUCGCAACGCUUCAAGGGUAUCUCAUCGUUCGAGCCGCUACCGACACCAGUAACGCAGCGAGAGUCUCUGGCCUUCUGCCAAAUGUCCCUGGCGAAGGGACACAUUUCCUUGCUGCGGAAGCACCUGAGUUCGCCUGAGCCGGAGUACACGUUCUCGACGAGCAGACUCCCCGAUGGUCCUCUCCCCAUGGACGCAAAGAGUGGCUACAGCCUUACCGCACUCCGCGCCGGCCUCGGCUACAUGGUACCCUUCUGCACACUAGUGGCCCGGCUUGUCGAGGAGAACCAGAGCGGCAUGCGUGAGAAACUGCGCCUCGUUGGACUGAACAAUGCAGUCUAUUGGCUCGGCCAUUUCUUCGCCUCGCUGUUCAUAGGCAUGGUUGCGGUGCUUUGUAACAUGACCCACAUGUUGUUCGCUCCGAACUGGCACAGCGACUUUAACGUCACGUACCUAAUGGGAAUCGACAAGCUGGUGGUCUUCGUGUGCUUCUUCAUAUUCACGCUGCUGUACAUGCUCAAGGCGAUGUUUAUAUCGCUGUUCUUCACCAAUGCGACGGCGGCCGUGGUGUUCGCGAUGUCUUACUGGCUAGCCACAUACCUCGUGCCCUGGUUUGCGCUGGAGAAGAUGGAGGGCUAUGCCGCCGACUACAUUAGCGUGGGACGCAUUUCAAAGCUUCUCACGUCGGCGUCGCCCUGCAUGGGUCUUCACUGGUGCUUCAGAAUUCUUGGAUGCGCCGUCAUUACCGGCGAAGAUUACACCUUUGAAAUGGUGAAUGAAGAGGUUCUGGGCCUCGACAACGUCAAGAUGUUCGAAAUAUGGAUCGUGAUGCUGGCGUACACUGUUACUGUUGCCAUCAUGAUUUGGUACUUCGGCAACGUGCUCACAUGGGCUCUCGGGGUACCGCUGGAGCCAUGGUUUCCCUUCACAAUUAAGUAUUGGCUACCGGGCGCCCAGGGGAGCGUGGAGGUCUUCGAACCAAAAGAACCGGAUGGUUACUACUUUCAGAAGUACCCGACGAAUGAAGCGUCUGUGACUGUGAGCCAGCUUGAAUACGAGUGCAAGGAGAAGCACAUUCUGCGCGACACAAAUUUAAAAGCUUACCACGGUGAGAUCUUGGGCAUCGUUGCUCCAAAUGGAGCGGGAAAAACAAGCCUGUGCAACUUGCUCACCGGCUACUCGCUUCCGAGCGCGGGCCAAGUCAUGGUCCUCGGUUACGACAUGAUGCUACAGACGGAUUUAGCGAGGCGCCACAUCGCCUACGUCCAGCAGCGCGAUACAAGCAGCUGGCUCAAGUACAAGAAAUGCUCCAGCUAG